CAUUCUUGCCAACAAGACGGGUCUUUUCGUUCACUUUCAUUAUUAAAUGUAGCGCUUGCGCGUAUGAACGAUUAAAUUUCAGCAAAUAAUAAACAAGGAGGUGUAAUGAUCUGCCAUAUUGGAAUCGGUAUUUCUGGAGUUGAUUGUGUAGAGCACCGUGUGUGUAAGCCGUGUUUGCGUGGAGUGAGAGGGUUGCGGUUUACUUACUAGCUAGGAAUGCGUUCAGUAUCGACCCACGCGCCGUGCGAUUAAGGUUUUCGUGUUAACUACCGAUGUCGCAUGGUAACAGAAUAAUUCUUGGCCGUAGUAGCAGUCAAAAGCCAGAUUAAUAUGGCAUAUAAUUUUCCGGGUAUGCCAUCCACACCAAUGCCUCCUAUGGGAAUAGGACCAAUGGGACCUCUAGGCCCAAUGCCUGGCCCCCAAGGAUUCAUGGAAUUGACCGCACAGACUGCGAUGGGUCCAGGUUUCCCACCAUUACCACCUCAGAUAUCUAUUCCAGGGAUGAAUGAUUCUCCUCUUGAGUUUAGUACAAACAAAAAUCAACCUCCGAUGGCCAGAGAGAGCACUGAUGAUGGUAAUGAUAGAAGAAGUGAUAAAAGUGAUAACAGAAGGGAUAGAGAUAGAGAAAGGGAUCGAGAAAGAGAAAACCGGGAUGGUGGACGCAGGUUGAGAAGUGACCGUGGAGAGAGGAGGGAGCGCGAAAGAGAUAGGCGAGAUGAUAGAAAUGAUAGAGAUAGGCGAGAUGAACGGCGAACUGAAGAAAGAAACAAUUCAAUUUCUAGUCACAAUAGUUGCAAUACUAAUGGCAGUGAAAAUCCUCCUUCAAAUACCAGUACAAGCGGUACAUCACACACUCCAAAUAUGGGUCCUCAAAUGGAUACUCCAACAGGAGUAUGGGGUAUGGGCGUAGGAUAUUCUAUGAUGGGGAUGGGACCUAUGGGUCCUAUGGGUCCUAUGAUGAGUGAGAUGGCUCUGGGACAUCAUAUGGGCCAUGGUUAUGGACCAAUGGGAAUGGGAAUGAUGCCACAUGAUGGAGCGAUGCUAGGGGCUCAGAUGCUCGGUCCUGAGCAAAUAAUGACCGAUGCUGCAGCACAGAUAAUGUCUGGAGCACUGCCACCUCCGCCAGCAGGACCUCAAGGAACGAAAGAAAUAAUUCAUUGUAAGAGCUGCACAUUAUUUCCACCAAACCCAAAUGCUCCACCUCCAACUACAAGAGAAAGACCUCCCGGUUGCAGGACCAUUUUUGUAGGAGGACUUCCGGAAAACAUUACCGAGGCUGUUAUUCAAGAAAUAUUCGAGCGUUGUGGUGAAAUCACGACGUUGCGCCUAUCGAAGAAGAACUUUUGCCAUAUCCGAUUUGUCUUAGAGGCUAGUGUAGACGCAGCUAUUUACCUGUCAGGGUACAGAGUCCGGCUUGGUUCUAGCGGAGAUGCUGCUAAUACCGGACGUCUUCAUGUUGACUUUGCUCAGGCAAGGGAUGAUCAGUAUGAGUGGGAGUGCAGACAAAGACAGUUGCAGAGAGAGCAACGUCACAGAGAGAGGGUAGAAAAAGAAAGGCAAAGGCCACCUUCUAGUCCGCCACCUGUGGUCCACUACACAGAUCACGAAGCAUCUAACAUAUGUGAAAAAAUUAAGCAAGAUGACUCAUUUAUGAAAGCUGUACAGGUGGUAGUAACUUGGUUGGAACGCGGUGACUGUGUGAAGCGCAACUCCAAUACAUUCUACUCAAUGAUUCAGUCGACUAAUUCUCACGUCCGUCGGCUGCUCACGGAAAAGGCAUCUUAUGAGGAGGAACUCCAUAAAGCCAAGGAAUUAAUGAAGGGCAAGAUGCAAGGCCUGCUAAUUCAAUUCAGUCAGAUCGAACGUGUGUUCACGGCGGCGAGUCACAAGAAGGUCUGGGACCACUUCACCAAGGCUCAAAGGAAGAAUAUUGAGAUGUGGAAGAAACAGUCUUCGGAAAUAAAAGCAGUACAAUUGGAAGAUGCUUUGAUGGAAGGUGAGGGCGAAAUGGAUGUUUCCGAUUCGGAGGAUGAGCCUCAGCGGAAAAAGACUCGCAGUCAAUCCGAAACCAAUGACGAUGUCGAGGGGUUGCAGAAUUUGAAAGAAGAAAAUGAUAGUUUACGAUGUCAACUAGAGGCAUAUAAAAAUGAGGUGGAUCUUUUGAAAUCCGAAACUAAAGCAGACCUUGACGCAAAGGACAAGCAAAUGAAAAUGUUGCAACAAACGCUAAAGGGAAUGCAAGAACAGCUCAUGCAGUCUAAGAAGCAACAGGUGCAAGAUGAUCAGAAAAUAAAAGACUUGACUUUAAAAUUGAAUGCCACGAAAAAAGACGAUCCUCCAGAAAGUGAAAUAAUUACAUUGGACAAGGAUGAUGACGUUAAUGAAGAACCCAGACCUCCCAAACCACCGAUGCUACUUCCUGGCUGCGUACAAGUCAAUCAAAAAGAUGCCAAACUAAUUGGCUUAAUAGCAACGUUUCUACAUAUUCAUCCAUUUGGCGCUAGUGUGGAUUACGUAUGGUCCUAUUUACAAAAGAUGGAACCUGGGCUUAGGCCAAAUGAAGUUGAAACACUCAUGCAACGAUUUCCACAAGUUUUCAAGCAAGAAUUAUCUGGCAUUGGUGCAAACAUGGAAAGGCGCUGGCAGUUCUCCGGCUUUAACGUUUACCGUACACAUUGAAAUUCCCUGUAAUGGCACUCGCGGUUGUUACAUAAGAACGGUUUUUCUAGCUCACAUGGCUGUGACAAGUACAUUGGCUAGAAAACAUCAAUCUCCUAUGAAAGCAUUGAAAACUUGAUAUGCAACACUGUAAAUACUACAUAUUAAUAUCUUCGUGAAAGUAUGCAACAAACACAAGUUGGAAGUGAAUCAUGGUUUUUCUCCUUGAAAGUGUCAUUAUAUCUUUAGUUUAAGUUAGUGACAGAAUAUCUGUCAUAGAGAAACACAAUCCAAAUAUUAGAUGUGAACGGAACGUUUCCUAUUUCUAUUCGUAAUACUUGUCUAGUUUCUAUGCCCUGUAGUUUAACCCACCAGUCGCAGUCUGCUGUGAUAUGACAAUGUCCGAUCAGAGGUAUAAAAGGCCAAAGUCUGUAUGUUUGAUCAUAAGGAUCUAUGAAUUGUUUAAGUCAAUUAAAUGAUCUAUCCUCUCGGUUUAUAAUCAAAUGUGAGUAGAGUUUGUUGACGGAAAAGUAAGUAUUAGUGUGAGGCUGAUGAUUGGAAAGAGAUUAGAUUGAUUGAAGAUCGCGAUUGAAGGAUUUAAUAAAUUCUGUCAUUGUGCCAUCAUAGAGUAACAUAAUUGAUUAUUUAUGUGUUACAUUUAUUGGGAACUGACCAUGAAGAUAUUUGUACGAUUUUAAACCAAUCCAUACCGGUAUACGGAAUAUACGAAUUCAAAUGCACAGACCACAGAAGAGUCAGCUAUCAUUUUUGUCCAGUGAUUUUCUAGGUGAUAUCUCGAGUCAGGAGAAUAAAAAUUUUCAGUGGCUAGACUUCUGAUUUUGAAGUAAUGCCGCUUUGCAUACCUAUGCUAAACAUUAAUAAAAUAAAUUGCAUUAUACAUUCAAA